AGGAUGGAAAGAAAGACAAAAUAGAAAAAUUACCUAGCUAGUGUACGUGCGUGAUGUGGAGGUUAAAGAUCGCCGGCCAGGCUAGCGGCGGGCCGUGGCUGCAGUCGGCCAACGGCUUCCUGGGUAGGCAGGUCUGGGAGUUCGAUCGCGACGCCGGCUCGCCGGAGGAACGCGCGGAGGUUGAGAGGCUUCGUGAGGACUUCACCAAGCACCGCUCCCACAAGAGGGAGUCCCAGGACCUCCUCCUACGGUUGCAGUUUGCAAAAGGGACGGCAACAACCUGCACGAGGACUGAAAAGGGUGCACAAGUCACGGAGAAAAUGAUAACGACUUCAUUGAGGCGAGCUCUAAAUCAAUAUUCUGCUCUGCAAGCACAUGAUGGGCAUUGGCCUGGUGACUUGAGUGGAAUUUUGUUCAUUAUGCCCAUGCUUAUAUUCUCUUUAUAUGUUACUCGAUCACUUAACAUGGUCCUAUCAUCAGAACAUCAACACGAGAUAUGCCGCCACAUUUACAAUCAUCAGAACGAGGAUGGCGGUUGGGGAACACAUAUUUGGGGACCUAGUAACAUGCUUGGAUCAUGUUUAAAUUAUGCAGCCUUACGGCUGCUUGUUGGCGAGACACUAGACAACGAUAAUGAUGUGUUAAUCAAAGCGCGUGCUUGGAUUUUAUCUCAUGGAAGCGCAACUGCAGUACCACAAUGGGGAAAGAUAUUUCUCUCGAUACUUGGUGUCUAUGAUUGGUCGGGCAAUAAUCCAAUCAUUCCUGAGUUGUGGUUGCUUCCACACUUCCUUCCAAUCCAUCCAGGACGAUUUUGGUGCUUUUGUCGAUUAGUAUACAUGUCAAUGGCAUAUCUUUAUGGGAAGAAAUUUGUUGGGCUCAUUACUCCAACUAUAACGGCACUACGAGAGGAGCUCUACAACACACCUUACAGCAAUAUUGAUUGGGGAAAGGUGUCUAAUUGUUGUGCCGAGGAGGACCUUCACAAUCCCCGCUCACAGGUACGAAAUAUUGUACUUGUUUGUCUUAAAAAGUUUGUGGAGCCAAUGUUAAAUUGGUGGCCAACAAACAAGCUAAGAGGAAGAGCAUUGAGUAAGCUUAUGGAACAAAUUCAUUAUAACAAUGAAACAACUGAAUACAUAACCAUUUGUCCCGUGGACAAGGCACUGAAUAUGAUUUGUUGCUGGGUCGAAAAUCCAAAUUCAGAUGCAUUCAAGAAACAUCUUCCAAGGGUUUAUGAUUAUUUGUGGAUUGCAGAGGAUGGAAUGAAAGCUAAGAUAUAUGAUGGUUGCCAGAAUUGGGAGACACCAUUCAUAGUUCAAGCAAUGUGUUCAACAAAUCUUAUCAAUGAGUUUGGCCCAACAAUAAAAAAGGCUCAUGAUUUUAUGAAAAAGUCACAGGUUCUUAGAAACCUCCCAGAUUAUGAAAGAUUUUAUCGCCAUAGAUCGAAAGGUUCAUGGACCCUUUCAACUAUAGACAAUGGUUGGCCUAUAUCUGAUGGUACUGCUGAAACUCUUAAGACAUUGUUGUCAUUAUCAAAUAUUUCUGCCAAUCUUGUUGGAGAUCCAAUAGAAGAAGAGAGGUUGUACGAUGCCAUUGACUUUCUCCUAUCUUUGAUGAACAAAGAUGGUUCUAUUUGUACAUAUGAACGUAGAAGAACAGCCACCUGGGUAGAGCUUCUAAAUCCUUCUGAGAGCUUUAAGAACAUUGUCAUCGAUCAUCCAACUUCUGAAUGCACGGCAUCGGUGAUUGAUGGUAUGGUAUUAUUUAAAGAGCUGUACCCACAGUACCGCAGCGAAGAGGUAGGCAACUGUAUAAAAAAUGCUGUUAAAUAUGUCGAGGGAAAACAGUUGAAGGAUGGUUCAUGGUAUGGCAGUUGGGGUAUUUGUUUCACGUAUGGAACCAUGUUCGCAGUUAAAGGAUUAGGCGCUGCCGGAAGAAAUUACUACAAUAGUUCUUCUAUCAGGAAAGCAUGCAAGUUCCUCUUGUCAAAGCAACAAAGUACCGGUGGAUGGGGAGAAAGCUAUCUCUCUAAUUAUACGGAGGAGUAUGUGGACAGCGGCACUCCUCAUACAGUGGAGACUGCUUGGGCAAUGCUAGGUUUAAUUUAUGGUGGGCAGGCUGAAAUAGACCCGGUGCCACUGUAUCGUGCAGCACAAGUAUUGAUGAGCAUGCAGCUAGAAACGGGCGAGUUUCCACAGCAGGAGCACGCUGGAUGCGCCAACUCUGCCUUCUACUUCAACUAUCCCAACUACCGGAACUUAUUCCCUAUUAUGGCUCUUGGAGAGUUUCGUCGCCGACUUGUUGCAAACAAGAACUGAUGUGUAAUCGUGCGGCAAGCGUGAUAAGCCCUUCCAAACCAAUCAACAAAAAAACAAGAACCGAUGUGGAUGCAUGUGAUUAAAUUAUAGUAUUGAUGUGUGUGCGCAAAUAUGUGGGAUUUGUUAGCAAUAAACACUAUAUGCUAUUAUGGGCACCAUUAAAUUAUAUAUUGAGUUGGUGGGCCGAGCAACCUAAGUGCAAAAUUGGUCUUUCUUUUCU